AAGAAUCAUCUGAUGUGUUUGAGUACAGUUGUGCAAGUGCCGGUUGUUUCUGUCUGUCUAUAUGAUUAUAAUGGGCUCUGAAAGGUGUAUGAAUUCAAAUUUAAACAUGAUUCUUUCCUGAUUUGAAAUCUUUGAAAUUGAAAUCUGAAGAACAAAGAAGGUUAUGUGAAGUGUUGUGACUUGUUCUGUUGGAUUUUGUGAUUAACAAUGAUUCAACCAAGGCUGAUAGCUUGUGCUGCAGCUGUGUUAGCCGUGUCUACAGGAGUCUGGCUACGCAGGAAACGCAGACUGUCCGCAGACCGACUAGUGGUAGCUAUUACUGGGUGUGACUCUGGCAUCGGCUACUCCACUGCGCUGCAUUGUCAUUGUCGGGGGUUCACUGUGGUGGCUGCGGUGCUCGAUUUGAACAGCAGCGGGGCUCAGGACCUUCUGCGCAUCGCUCAGAUCAGUGGCAGGCUGGAGGUGGUCAUGGUAGAUGUGAGACAUUCUCAGGAUAUCUCUCGGUUGGUGGACAGAGUCUCAUCUUUGUUGGACAACAAUAACAAUCUCAAGUUCCACAGCAUUAUCAACAACGCAGGUGUGAUGGUGUUUGGAGAGAUGGAGUGGCAGACGGAGCAAAUAGUCGACUUACAGUUAGAGGUGAAUCUCUUGGGAGCCAUCACUGUUGCGAGGCUCUUCGCACCUCUGCUUAGGAAAUACAAAGGUCGAGUGAUCAACAUGACCAGUCACUGUGGCAGUCUGCCACUGCCAGGGUUGUCCGUGUACGCUGCCAGCAAGGCCGGGCUACAGGCCUGGUCGGACGCACUGCGAGUCGAAUGGGCUAAAUACAACAUCUCAGUCAUAUCAUUGAUACCUGGUGCAUUUUUCCAACAAACCAACAUACUGUCCAAUCAGAAUGCUCAUGCUGAAACUAUGUUAAAGGCAAUGAGUGAGGAAGCUAAGAAGUUUUACGGCUCUUAUUAUCAACUGUACCAGUCAUACCUAACAGCUCUAUCAGGAGACAAGCCUGCAGCUCCUGUACAGAGUGUUGCGCUCUACAGACUACUAGACUCUGCCCUGCUGGAUCCUCGGCCUCGCCCUCACUACCACAACACACCCUGGCGCUACAGCCUCUACCAUAACCUGGCCUGUGUCGCCCCCAUAGUCCUGCGUGACGCACUGGUCACUAGAUUUGUCGCUAUGCCUCAGUACAAGCCUGACAAAUAGGUAGAUUGGUAGGUAUGUACAAGACUGGUGUUAGAGGAAGCCCAUAUCUAGUGCGUUGUAUAGAGCUGCGAGAUCACUGUGCGAAGAUAUCCUCCAGAACGGAAAGUUCAUCUGAAACAUAUCAUCACUCAAGUUCUUUCAAAUAUAGAUUUAAUUAUAGUCUAAAGUAGUUACAAAUAAUUUUACAGUGCUCAAAAUUGUACUUAAAAUUUCUCAAAUAAAUAGCCAAUUUUCA